AUGAGAGGAAUUGGGAAUGUGGUCAAGGCUAUUUUCAAGGUUUUUUCUAGCGGGAUAAAGAAAGCUGAGAGCAAGGCCAAAAGGUUAAUGUCCAGUUCUUGUGAUAAAGGAAAGAUCCCGACCAAACUUGCAAAGAAGUCUGAGAAAAUGUCGUUUCCUAUGGAAGAGGAGAAACAACACUUAGAAGAUAGCCUACCAAGUUCCAAGGACUUUCGGGAUGAGAAACCUUUUCAAAGUCCUGUUUUCAUUGAGAUGGGGCAGGAUCUAUCUCUUUUGGAUAUCAAGCUCAAAAAGAUAGGAAGCGAUACUCUGUUCUUGUACGACAUAGAUGACACUCUUUAUCAUCCAUCAAAUAACCUCCAGGAAAUGGAGAAGAAAUUUCUUAUGGAGAAGUAUAUUUCCCUGAAGGAAGGAGGAACCGAGGAGAUGUUUGAAGAGCACCUAGCCAUAUCAUUACUGUAUUCAUUUCUUUUUUACAAGUAUGUGGGAAUUUCCCUUGAGGAGUACUGGAAGAUGCUUUCGGAAUUUGAUUAUCUUCAAUAUCUUUCUCCAGAUCCAAGCUUGAGGGAGUUUCUCCUUUCCAUGAAGAAUGUCAGAAGGUGCUGCUUUACAAAUGGGCCUAGAGACAGAGCAGAAAAUAUUCUUGCAAAGAUAGGAAUUUUAGAUUGUUUUGAGGUUGUGAUAUGUAUAGGAAAGUAUGACACAACCUUCUGCUGCAAGCCGCACUAUAAAUCCUAUGAAUUUGUGACAAAGGCUCUGGGAAUAGAAGUACCUAGAAAUGUUUACUUCUUCGAUGACUCCAAUAGUAAUGUUGUUAAGGCAAAGGAGAUAGGCUGGAAUGGAGAAUUAAUCACAAAGGAUUGCAAUAUUAUUAAUGUUUCGUCUCGCAUAUUACAAGCCAUCGAUGGACCUUCGGAUUUUCAACAGACCAUAUCUAAAGUCCUUAGAGAGACAGUCUAA